AUGCCCUACAUCCCUAGCUCGGCAUAUGAAUCACGCGGUACAGAAGGCAUUCAACCCAAUCCAUCAUUUAUCGAUGCAGGCGCUCGUCAUCCCGCCUCACUUGAAGUUACUGAAACGGAAAUCACCGAACCGAUUACACCUGCGCAAGGCACCGCUGGAUCUCUGGUAACGCUACAACUUCGGACGAAUUACGAUCUUGAUGCGAAUCAACGUACUUUCAUACUCAUGUUUGGCCACAAGAAGUGCGUCGCUGCACUUCAAAAGGUCGAUUACGAAGACGACGACUCGUGGUACAACUACUUGCUGAACGUCGAAGUGCCUCCUUUCCCACUGACCAACACAUUCGAUCCAACCAUGAUGUUGAAAUUGCAGAUGGAAGAUAAGAUGGGCAAUCUACGAUCGCAAACUGACGCAGGCAAAUUCACCUACACCGACAUGUCGCCAAACCUCGCAUAUCAAUCCUCGCCUGAUUUUUCCAGGAAACGAAAAUACUCCCCAGAGUUAAGCGAUGGUCAAGAAUUCUCCGAUGGCAACGCUGCGAAGCGAGCGUUUGCGAAGCCACGCGCGAUGUCUGGACCUUAUUCCGCCGCACAAAUACCAUCGCUACCGAUCCAGUCUACGCUGGCCAAUACAUAUGCGCAGAGUAGCAGGUACAGUGCAGUGAAGCGAACAAACUACGACUCGCAACUGUCGCAGAGGGACCUUUAUGCAGUACCAUCAGGUAUGAGCAUGAGCCAUAACGACUACAAGUUUCCCCAGAUGCCGCCGAUGCUGCAUUCAUAUACUCCCUACAAUUCUCUCGCCAGUGCUACUCGAAACAACGCGGCUUCCGUCUUGCCCUCGCCGCCUGCACUUCCUACGCCGGUCCUCGUUCGGGCCACACAUCUUGCGCAAGCAAACGGCAGUAUUUCUUCGCCCCAGCCUUUCAAUCCGUAUUCGAUGUACCAGAGCAAGGCGAUACUAAAGAUAGACGGCGAUCUUGACAAGAUGGGAGAUGAUUGGACGCAGGAAGAGUUAGAGGCCAAAAGGCGGCUUGUCGGGUUUGAACGGUCGCAGCUUGGCAGUACCAUCACGACUUCUUUCGCGCCCGUCACAGUUGAGGGUCGAGACGCGCGUCGUAUCGUCAUCAGCUGUAUCUGGUGGGAAGAGAAGGACGAGUGCUUCAUCACAAGUGUAGAUACGAUAUUUCUACUAGAGCAACUUGUGAACGUUCGCUUUACCGUCGAGGAGAAGAACCGCAUUCGUCGCAACCUCGAAGGUUUUCGCCCUCUCACGGUCUCGAAGGCGAGGCCCGAUAGCGAAGGGUUCUUCAAGGUUAUUAUGGGCUUCCCCAACCCUAAACCUCGCAAUAUCGAGAAGGACGUCAAAGUGUUUCCUUGGAAAAUACUCGCGCAUGCGCUGAAGAAGAUUAUCAGCAAAUAUUCUGCCAGCUAUGCCUCAACGGCUGGCGUUGGGCAUCUCCCGAUUGUUACAACCUCCACAUACGCUCCAAGCGCCACCUCACAGGCAACACUGAACGUUCAUCGAAACACGUCACCGCAAUCAGUACCUGCAUCCACUGCUUCAACGGUCUACACACGUAACUUGACCUCCUCUAGUCUAUCGCCCCACCAGAAGGUGGCGGCAGGCCUUGAAGCAUCAGCAGGACAGAGCAUACCGGUUGCUCAGAGGACACCUUCAGGGCAGGGUAUGACUCCUCCGUGGGGCACUUCCACUCACCAGAUGUCACAAUACCCCUCGACACUGUCUCAUGGGGGGCGAGGGUCCUGGGACUAUGGGUAUCUAAGUACGUCGGCUGGGACGGACGUGCCGCCAAUCCCGCAUUCGCUGCAAAUGCCACGACAGAACGCGACGCCCGAUCUCAACCAAAUGCCGGCAUCCCAUACCUACCGUCAGUAUGGUGAAGAUACAACGAGGGUGUAG